AUGGCAUCCAAGCAGCGAAUAUAUUGUGUAGAAGUUGCUUAUCUCCUUUUUAGCUUUUUAAAUAUGCAGCCCCCUCUUGUCAUGAGAAUACUUGCUGCCUCUGUAUCUUUAGCCGAUAAGGCCUGUUUUUUGAUUCGUGCGGUAUAUGAUUCCAAAGACUUGGCCAUUAUCGACAAAGGAGUUGACGAUUUGCAAUCCAGAGCUGAUCGAGAUUCUCAGCGGUGCAUAGUACAAUCCUUGAACGAGACCUUCCCGGGUCUUCAUGUUAUUGGCGAAGAAGGUGAUCUGGAUCCUGGAAAUCUAUCUACGUCCACUGAGUUAAACUCAACUGUUCUUGAACACCACUGUCCUCCAGAACUAAAAGAUUUGUCACUGGAGGAUAUUGUAGUUUGGGUGGAUCCACUGGAUGGUACAAAGGAAUUUACUGAAGGCCUUGUUGAGUUUGUUACAGUUCUUAUCGGAAUUUCGAUUGCUGGAAAGCCUGUGGGUGGUGUUAUCGCUCAACCCUUUUACAAAGCCAAUACAACUGAGCCGCACUACACAACUCGAAUCGUUUGGGGACUUGUAGGUCUGGGUGUGUUUGGCAUAAAUCCUCUGGUACCUUCUUCAAAAUUGCCAUAUCCAGUCAACCAAAAUGCCCAAAAACUUACUUCACCUCAUAUUAUUGUGGUUACUCGAUCCCAUCGCUCUACUACUCAGGAUUUUGUCGACGGAGCAUUCUAUCCCACUGAAGUAUGUUCAACACUUUUACAUAUCACAUAGUUCUCAAAUAUUUGAUAUUGAGCUGUAAUUGUGGGUGUAAAAUGCUUUGUAUCGCUCUUAAAAUCAAAUAAUUUAUUAAACUCUACCCUGGGAGUUGAAAGGUCUUCAUUUUGAAGAGUUAUGAAGCCUCAUAGUGGGAGCCGAAAUUCUUUGCAAUUCACGAGGCUGAUACUCUUCUAACAACCAGAGAAACAGAUUUAUAGGUACAUGGAACUUUC